AUGGCAGAUGGUGUUUUGGAUUGCUCAAACCGUAAACUUGUUUCCAUCCCUGAUGACAUUCCCAGCCAUGUGAGUUCAGUAAACUUAUUCGGGAAUCUGAUUGAACAGAUUAACAGGGGAAGUUUUGGAAACUUGUCAAAGCUGAACAUUUUGUUCCUGAGCUCCAAUCAGAUCAACUAUGUGGAGGACGGAUCUUUCAUCCAUUUGUGUGCAUUGACCCAGCUCUACAUGGACAGUAACAAACUGACCGACCUCACUGGCAAGCUCUUCCAGGGACUGUCCAACCUUACCAUGCUAGACCUCAGUGAAAACAGCAUUCAGUUUAUUCAUACCUCUGCCUUCCAGUUCCUGUCCAGCUUACAAACAGUGAGGCUAGACAGCAACAAUCUCCAACAAGUCUCUGACCUUCUGCCCAUCCUUCAGCUGCCAAACAUACAGAAGCUGAGCAUUAGACAUACUCCAUUUUCCUCCUUUGAGACCAAAGAUCUUCCAUUGAAUGUGUCCUCAAGCCUGAAGGUGUUAGAUCUUUAUAAUAGCAAGUUGGAGAAGUUCAGCAUCACAACAGAUAUCUUUCCUUACCUUGAGAUUAUCAACUUUACUGGGAGUGGCAUGGAUUCUGGUCUAAAAUGGGAUGUACCUGACAAGACUUUACUGAGGAACAUAACUCAACUUCCUGGAGAGCCUUGA